UAUGAGAGCGAAUGAAAUGAGUGAAAAAGAAAAGUGGGGUGAGAGGGCGGAGGGCCUACGUGAUCAGCAAAUUGAAGGAAAAAAGUGGUUAUUCUUUCCAAUAUAUCUAGGACGCAACCGCGUCGAAAUGGCUGGCAUGUAUUUAAGUAGGGAGAAAAUGGGAAACGUCAAACAGAAUGAUGAAAGAAGAAUGGAAAUAUUAUGGUAUGAGGAGAACGAAUGUAUAGUUUCUGUAAUUUUGGACGGCGAAGAAUCGGCUAUGGAAUUUGUAGACUUGAAAUCUUGCGAGGAGGAGGAUGCCAUCAGGGGAGGACGAUCCGCUGAUAUAUACGUUGUCGUCUAUUCCUUAAUGGAUCGAAAGAGCUUCGAAAAGGCUAUUGAUAGGCUAUAUGUUCUGAGGAAAGUAAUGAAAAACGACAGGAGUAUAAUUCUAGUUGGGAAUAAGAGUGAUUUAGUUCGUGUUAGGAUCGUCGCCGAAGAUGAAGGUCGAUCGGCGAGCAAGAUGUACGGCUGCAAAUAUAUUGAAGUUUCCGCCCUACUAUCACACAAAGUAGACGAUCUUCUUGUCGGUAUUCUCCGUCAAAUUAGAUUAAGUGAAAAGAAACAAUUGGAAGAAGAGACAAAACACCGAAAGUCGAGCGGAAUUACAGAAUGUAUGGACGACUCUAUGGGUUGUUUGGUAAGCAAGUCUCGGCAUAAAGUUCUCUCUAGACUCCGUUCGAAACCGUCGAGGUCUUGUGAGAAUUUAUUUAGCGUAUAA